UCAAUUCAAUGUUCGAACUUAUUUUUUAAAAGCUACUUAGAAACGUACUUUUUGAGAAUCGAAUGCAAUCGAAAAUCGAUGACGCUUUUGGCAGGAUGUCUUACUUUUUAGCCAGCACUGUGCAGCCCGGUGGUGUGCGCAUGCCCAGGACCCAUGUGGUACCGUCAAAACAUCCACGCCGAUGUCCGUCAAGUCCUAUAUACACCCCUCAGGAGGAUGCAACUGAUUGCAAAAAGUUUGCAAAAAUGAAGGUUUAGUUUCUCAUAAAAAUGUUGACUGCCCUGCGGCGAAAAUUUCGUUUAGGCAUGCAGCGUACAGUUUUGAUUGCGGUCCUGCUGGCGGUGGGCGUGUUCAGCUACGCCUUUUUAAAUUUAAAAUUCUGCUAUAAGAUCAUGUCACAUCGCAGUCUCACGCAAAUGUGCCAAAAGUACGAGCAGCACGAGUAUAGCGGAUCGUUGUGUGAGGAGCUCUGUGGCAGCCAGAAGAGCUUUGACAAUUUCCAAUGUCCGCUGAACGACAUGAAGACGAUUUUGUUUACGGCUGAAAAGAAUGGCGAUAUGUAUGCGGUGAAGCUGGCCAAGCACAACGACGAUGAACUGAGUUGGACGAAUAGCAAUGGUGAGGCCAUCUACCCCAAAAUCGAGGAAUUCCAUGAAAUCGUGAAGCUCCACAUCAUUCUCUCCUACAAUGUGACGCUGGACGACAAUAUGAUACGGGCGCUGGUCAAUCAGGAGAUUGCAAACAACAACUCGCAGCAAAUGAUGAGCUUCUGGCGUCUCUUCAAGGACAACAACUACAUGAUGGGCAAACUCUUCGACGAGGAAUCGACGUUCCCCGCAGUCCUCGGCUCCUGCGGUCCCUACUACGCCACAGAGAGUUUGCAAAUUGUGCAGUCAAAUCCGAGCAUUAUGCAGUAUCUCGCCUCCAAUCGCCAACAGCGUCUGAAGCAUGCGCUCAACAUCAUGGAGUACAUUUUCCGGCUCGAUGAGAUGAAACCGGAGCCUCUCAAGAUGUGCAAAAUGCAGGUGAACCGCUUCGGCGUGACGACAGACAGGCGUCUGAAGUACCAGAGUGCCGAGCACAUCUAUGUGGAGAGUCAGCUGGACAAGCGCAUGUCGAGCGGAUCGGCAUGCCAGGCGCACGCCGACUGCAGCUUCCACGCCUGCCGGGGACUGUGCGAUGCCGAGCGGCAGAAGUGCACGCACAUCGAGCAGAACAACAACUUUCAGAUCUUCUGCGAGCACAUCCUCCUGGGCAGUGGCACCUUUCAACCGGGUCUGCUGAGUGGCAUUCGCAUGCCCAGAACCCUCCAGCUGGUGCUCAAGCAGUGCAUCAAUCCCUCGAAGGAGCAUCAAGUGCCGGGUCGCAGACAGGCCCCAAAUGUUCAGCUCGCUCUGCGGCUCUACAAUGAGCUGAAACAGUUAUACCAAGCAGUGUCCACGGGCGCCUCAUCCGCGACGGCCGCAGAUGCCAGUUUGAGACAACAGGGACGGAAGUAGGCGGCGCUCAACAAGCUACAACUUUUCAACUGUGGUCACACAGCCAAAUAAUCUGCACACUACGUCUUACUUCUCUUGAAAGCAAUAGCACUUCCAUAAACACGAUUAUUUCUCUUUUGCAUAAUUUGAAGAGUUGUGUGCAAACUAUUUGCCCGUCGGACCGCCGCUCCACACUCACAUGCACACAAAUAGUUCUAAUUUACCUAAAUAAAUAAAGAAGGUUUUUUAAUGUAUUGGAAAACA